CGUUCCUCGGUCGUUUAGAAAUUUCUUCGGUUUCAUGGAUUUCGGUGAAAAAUGUCUCGCAAUUUCCAUGUUUUCUGUUAUUUAUAACCCUUCAAUUCUCCGAUAAUCUGCAGGAUCAUAUCUAUGAUGUUUUUUUACACAAUUUGAACUCCAUUAUCUGUUAUGAGAAUAGCAUAAAUAGCACGUAAAAAGGUGGGGAGAAAAUAUUUUUCGGGAAUAUUUGACAAGCUGGAUCUGAACUGUCUUCAUCGCCAGUGUGAGUGACCAGACCUAGGUUGUGCUGAUUCAUUGAUUGUGAUUGUGACGUCGAUAUUUUAGAAGGCUCAACUUCAACACGUCAGUUUGUUGGAGGACCUUCGAUGCAAAAGGAAAGAGAGAGAGAAGGCUGAAGUUAGAGUGAAGUCGUUGAACUUACUUAUUCGUGUGAAGUAAAUCAACCAUUUUCGUUUCACUCUUGGUCUUGGGCUUGGCCUUGGGAAGACAUCAAGAUUAAAGAUGAAGAAACUGGAUAUGAUAAAUGAAAUUAGUGUCUUCUUGGCAUUCGCUGUUGGCCUCAUGGAUAUUGGUUAUGUGUUUGCUGUGGAGAAGAUCAAGCUUUCCGACAUUAUGGUACUCACCCUGUACAAUGGACGGAUGACCAAUGCAAGAAGAAGUGGGCCAAUACCACAGCUGAAAUGUACUGGGGGAAGUGCUGGGUGUUCCAGUUAUGUACCACAGGUUGUUCAGUGUUAUAACAGAGGCUCGGAUGGAUAUGAUGUACAGUGGGAAUGCAAGACCGACAUGGACAAUGCAUUCAGAUUUGGCAGAGUGGAAGUCUCUUGUGAAGGAUAUGACUAUCCUAAUGACCCUUAUGUUUUAAGGGGUUCUUGUGGGUGUGAAUACACCCUUGAUCUCACGAAAGAAGGCUACCAAAAGAGGAAGAACAGAAACCAUGAACAACAUCAUAGAUACUAUGACGAUGAUGGAUAUGAUCACCAUGACAACAGCUAUUCCUAUGACGGACAUAAUUCAUACACUUCAUACCAAAAAAGUGGCUCUGGAUUAGGUGAUAUCAUCAUGUUGGUUAUCAUUGGACUGAUUAUUUACGCAAUCUACAAAACAUGUUCUGGGAAUAACCAGAUGGACUAUGAAGGGCAGGGUUCAGUGGACAAUGACAGCGAUGACCGGCCCUCUGGUGGUUACAGGAGGAAUAAUUAUGGAGGAGGUGGAGGGAGUCCUCCAGGCUACAGCCCCGGUUACAUGCCAGGUGGUGGUGGUUGCGGUGGUACCCCUCACGGUACAGGAGCUGGCGGAGGAGGCUUCUGGAGUGGUGCUGCCACUGGCGGUAUCCUUGGGUACCUCCUCGGUAACACGGGGCGUCGUAACACUGGAUACGGAGGAUAUGGAUAUGCCCGACCUUACUCGAGCUGGGGGUCUGGCUGGGGAUCGAGUGGGUUUGGAUCUGGAUUUGGAAGGGCUAGCUUUGGAGGUGGCAGCAGUGGCUCUUCCAGUUAUAGCUCGGGGACAAGAUCUGCUUCAGGAUUCGGUGGAACGAGACGAAGAUAAGUGCAUAGGCGAAAAAAAUCCGUCCAGUGUCUUUUCAUGGCCAUAAUGGAUGCCCAGUUUCCGGUUGCCUGUGGAGACCACACUUACCUGCAAGCCUUAUCUAAAUUGGUCAAGCUGCUUCACCACAUUGAUAGCUGACUAUUGCACAACUUCAUCCAUUCUCCAAGCAGAUCAGAGGAUGAUGUAUUCUCUCUGCCAAACCACAGAUUUUAUUUACACCAUUGUUCACAGGCGCGUGAAGACGCAAAAUUUGAACAAUCAAUCAGCGAUGGAUUAACGCCCACAAAACAUGCAAAAGGAACACAUAAAUCCUGGACAUAAAAGAGUGAUAUGUGUAUUAUAUUUCAGUUUGUUUGUCAGUUAAUCCUGGGCUGAGCAAUCACUAGGAUUCUGGUAAUUUCAGGCAACUGCGAUCUACUCCACAAAUCCUGUAGUAGUGAGUCCAAAAUGGCAGCCUGUGUUGGCAGUCAUGAAAUGACUUCGUCAAUAAAUCUAGUUCGGGGACUGGAGGAGUAUAAACUUCUUCUGUCGUCUACCAAUAUUCUUUAAUCUUAGGUGAGAAGUCAUUCAGAUUAUUAUGACUCCGCAAACUUUUUAUUGUCGACUGGAGCCAUCAAUGCUGACUUGGCCAAGACUUCUUGGAGUUGGAGUUGGACUGCCCAAAGAGACUGUGGAAUCUAGUGAGGCAGUGUUAAAAGUAUUCUGUGAUUGUGGGGGCUUCUUUGAACAGGUGAAAAUUCUCCGCUUAUAGUGCUCUACUAACUCUGUACUCUGUGAAGUAGUUGGGAUGUGAUUCAAAAGGCGAAGGGGUUUUGAUGCGCAUGGGGAUUUUAGCUGAAGUAUUUACUGAUUUUAUCAAUCAGAUUGGUAGAUUCUGAACACAAUUUUUGCUUCAAAUAAAGUCAACUGGAACUAUUUUAGAGAUGCCUAUUAGGUUUUGUGAAUGUUUACUCGGCCCUUCAAAUUUGAUAUUUUCUUGUGUAUAAAGUUGAUAGAUAUGAUUGGGUCUGUAUAUGACUAUUUUAUGCACGAACCUUGGUACAUUUUUUUUAUCAUUUAAAUUGUUUAUUUCUUGAAUUCUGUGCUCAAUCUUUGUUUAUAUGAUGCUGUCAUGCAGAUAGUUGUAGUUUUAAAAGAAAAUGCUGCAUAUUGUGUGUCCUUGUCCCAAAAUUACUACUCUAGUUUCACCAACCUAAGACUUUUUUUAAAUAUUUAGGCCAAGCCGCUCCAGAUAUUUGACACGUUUGUUAGAUGCAGGUCAACAUGUUCAAUUGGGAUGGACACUAAUUGGUAACUACAUGUAUUGUCCAAUGUUUAUUACAUGAUGUCCUUGAUCUUUGUGUCGAUUUCAUGGUCAUUGAUAGAGCAGUCUUAGAGUGGUGAAACUGGAGUAUUUCCUCCUUAGUCUCCUGUGUUUGGUUGCAUCAUACUAAAGUGAAUCAAAGGACCAACUAAGCCAUAAAGAGGAUUAUAUGUUAACAGAGAAAUUCGAAGUAACACUGAUAUAAUUGGAAGUAUAUAAUUGGAAGUAUCACCGUUUUCAUGAUAGGUUGUAUACUUUGGCAAUAUUUAUUUCUAUUAUCUAUAGCUGAGUUACAAGAAAAUGCACUGAACAUGAACAAUGUUAACCUUUAAUUUCUGUGGUGUUUUUUUCACAAAUUUUUGAAUUGAUACUAAGAUUCCAAGGUAAUAUCUAAGUCCACUAAGCAAUAGAGUAAUAAUAAUAUUUAUUAUUCAUGUACAUACUGUAUAUUGGUAAGAUUAUCUGGUAAAGUUAUAUGUUGUAUCAACUGCUUUGUGAUUGCCUAUAAGUUGCAUGAAAUGUGAAUUGUGUAACCAUCUAAUAAACUGUGUUGAGGCAAUUGAGGAGUGCAGUGUUGCACAAGCGAAAUUGAGUUUGCAUGUGCCACCAAAUUGAGGUGAAUUGUAUCCCUGUUUCAGGUUCACGCUCUAAUGGACAAAUAUAACAACUGUUCAUAAAUUGGUUGGUACUAAUACUGAUACUGUAAAAUAUUCACACCUAUUUAUUUUUACAAUUUGUGAAAACUUCUCUAAAAAAUUUUAUUUUCCAAUAAAAAAGUUUGCGAGGGAAGGAAAUGUCCACUUAGUUUGUCAGUUAAGAUUGAACAGUAUCAUAUUUAUUUGAUCUGAUUUGCAUCCUUCAAAGCCAUGCAACCUCCUUGAAAUUCUGUAAGUCACGAUUGGCACUGAACAGUUCACCCUAACCCCCCUGCACACGUACACCCCACUUCUUUCCGUAUGUAAAUCAUCUUAUGCAAACUCGGUUUCUAAAUAUUCUG